AUGCUCGACAAGCUCGUUGGCCUCGCCAUGCUCGUGGCAGCCACCGUCGUCUUCCUCUACUACACCGUCUGGACCCUGCUGAUGCCAUUUGUCGAUGUCGACCAUCCGCUGCAAAACUGCUUUCCCCCGCGCGUCUGGGCCAUCCGCAUCCCCGUCAUCCUCAUCCUGCUGGGCACCGCCGUCGUCGGCUCCUUCCUCAGCAUCGUCAUGAUCCGCAGCAACCGCAAGAAGGCGGCCAAGUCCAAGGUCACGGCCACCAAGAAGAAGGCCUGA